GCAAGGAACGUCGCCUAUAUAUACGGACAGUUCGCAACACUUCUGUCUACUUCACCCAGAGAUCCACUGGUCGGCAGCCUCUCCAUCGCCAUCCGCACCAUCGCCAAAAUGAAAGUCCUUGCCCUCCUCAUGGUUUUGACUCUGGUCCUCGGGUCCCAGGGCUACCUGUUCCCGUGGCAGGAGGAACAUCGGACCAGGUUCGAGAAGGCUCGGGAUGCCUUCUGGGAGUACGUCGCUCGGAUGAGCAACAUGGCAGAGGAGACAUUGGAGACAGUGAAACAAUCGGAACUGGGCCGGGACAUCAACGAGCGGAUAGCCCAAAGCGUCAGCAGCGCUAAUCUGUACGCGGCCGAGGUGAGUGAGAAGGUGCGGCCCCUCGCCCAGGAGCUGGUAGAGCAGCUGCGCAAUAAUGCCGAGACCAUGCGGCAGCAGAUCGCCCACAACCUAGCCGAGGUGAGCCAGCGCCUAUCUCCCUACGCCGAGCAGCUGCAGGAGCAGCUCAGCGCCCACCUCACCGAGCUUGGCCGCACCAUCAAGGAGCGGGCCGACACCGACGCCGAGGCCCUGAGCCGCGAGCUCCGCGAGGCCGUGCAGCUCAGCGUGGAGGCCUUCAAGGAGAAAAUGGCACCCUACUCGUCCGAACUCCAGCUCAAGGUUAACCAGGGCAUCGAGCAGUUCCAACAGGGCCUCGUCCCCUUCGUGGAGGAGAUGCAGGCCAGGAUGGUUCAACGUGCACAGGAGCUGCAGGAGAACCUGCGGCCCUAUGCCGAAGAUGUGAUGAGCAAGGUCUCCACAAAGGACCAGGACGAAACCAGCCAGCUCUCAACCUAUGAGGAAGACGUGCAGGAAAAGAUUAACACGAUCCUGGAGGAGAUCCAGCAGGAAAGCGAUGGUUCUGUCUCUCGGCUCUCUGGACCUUGGCCCCGUGAGUUGGAACAUCACACGAGAAUGAAGGUUCCUCGGUAUACACCAACCAUGAAACUGCUUGUCGCCGUUCUGGUCUCGGCCCUGAUCGUAGCCUCCAGGGCCUCCCAGGAACCAUCCUACAACCUGCAGGCUAAAUGGGAGGAGGUUCUGGAGAAGGUGUGGAGCCUUGCCAAUCAGGUCCUCCAUUCUACCGAGGCAAUACUGUCCGACAGUCAGCUCGGGAGUCAAUUCCGGGAGCUGAUCACGGAGAGCCUCGCCCAGCUGAACACCACCGCUGAGGACCUGCGCUCCCGCCUGGGCCCCAAAUCGGAAGAGUUCCGCUUGGAGCUGGAGCGGCUGCAGGAACGGCUGGAGAGGGACCUAAGCUCACUGCAGAGCACGGUCGAGCAGUACCAGCGCGAGGGCCAGCUGCUGACCAAGCAGAGCGUCAGCGACGCCCACCACACGCUGAGCAUCUACCUGCGCAAGUACCGCAAGCGGCUGUCCCGCGACCAGGAUCAGAUCCGUCUCAAGCUGCAGGAGUACCAGGAGCUUCUGGAGAGCCAGGGCCAGCAAGUCGCCGAGGGGUUGCGCCAGGCGCUGGAGCCCGUGGCCACAGAAGCUGCCAACCAGCUGCAGGAGCGGCUGGACUCUCUGCGCCAGGGCUUCCAACAGCGGCUGGCAGAGGUGCAGCGGCAAACGCUGAGUCUGCAGGAGCGGGCUAGCCAGGAUGCCCAGGGCCUGCGCAACGCCCUGGAGGAAGGGAUGGCCUCUCUCCGCAGCUGGCUCCAGGCCGAGGCUGAAAAACUGACCAGCCACUUCCAGGAUCUGCUGGAUGGUCUAAGGGAGCAGCCAGCUGAGGAGAUGGUCAACUGAAAGUGCGAGUGGGUCUCGUGCCCACCCUCACCAGGUCUCUGCCACAGCCCUUCCUGAGCCUCUCUCUCCUCCAUACCCUCCAUCCCUCCCUGUCACCUCCCUAUGGGGUCUCAUCUCCCCCUCCGGGUUUCUCCCCCUCCAUCUCAGCCUCACCCCUCCCUCCACCCUAAUUUUCACCACCCCCCAAAAUUUGCAGUUCUCUUGUGCCUGCCCCCUCCUCCGUUUCCCACACCCUUCAACCUCUGCUGCCACGGCAAAGCGACUUUCCUCUGACCCGGAUACCUGUCGGGUUGGAUGGAGUGAACUCGGACGGGAUGCUUGUUAUCUGCACUAACUGCCUCACUGACUAACACAAUAAAUACUCAUUCAACGCU